AUGUCCAGCACCUUGGACCCUCCCUCGCGGCGCACCUUCCCCUCGCCGCCUCAUAGCUGGGAAAUCUCCUUCGUCAACAUUGCUGCGCCUCUCGCCGCCCCGCGCAGUGGGAGAAGCUUCGUCGUUGGCGUUGACGCGCCUCCCGCCGCCCCACGCGGUGGGGGAACCUUCGUCGUUGACAUUGCUGCGCCUUCCGCCGCCCCGUGCAGUGGUGAAAACCUCGUCGUCGGCGCUGAUGCGCCUCCCGCCGCCCCGUGCGGUGGGGGAACCUUCGUCAUCGGCGUUGACACGCCUUCCGCCGCCCCGCGCAGUGGGGGAACCUUCGUCGUCGGCGUCGACAUGCCUUCCGCCGCCCCGCGCAGUGGGGGAACCUUCGUCGUCGGUGUUGUCAUGCCUUCCGCCGCCCCGCGCAGUGGGGGAACCUUCGUCGUCGGUGUUGUCAUGCCUUCCGCCGCCCCGCGCAGUGGGGGAACCUUCGUCGUCGGCGUUGACAUGCCUUCCGCCGCCCCGCGCAGUGGGGGAACCUUCGCCGUCGGCGUUGACAUGCCUUCCGCCGCCCCGCGCAGUGGGGGAACCUUCGCCGUCGGCGUUGACAUGCCUUCCGCCGCCCCGCGCAGUGGGGGAACCUUCGUCGUUGGCGUUGACAUGCCUUCCGCCGCCCCGCGCAGUGGGGGAACCUUCGUCGUUGGCGUUGACAUGCCUUCCGCCGCCCCGCGCAGUGGGGGAACCUUCGUCGUUGGCGUUGACAUUCCUUCCGCCGCCCGGUGCAAGCAGGGUAUCUUCUCGUCCUUCCUCUUCACCCUGCUUGCCCGCCGGAUCCACGUCCAUGUCUUCGGCUUGGCGCCUUCCAUCCCCUCCGUGCUGGCCUCCGGCCAGUACCUGGCGUCAGGAAUUUCCUACGUCGACAUGUCGUACCUGUUCGGUGUCUCCAAGACACUCUGCCACGAGCUUGUCGACGUGUUCCUCACCGAGUUCCCCUCCGUCUUCAAGGCCGCCUGGGUGCGCUUCCCCACAGGCGAAGAGCUUCCCGAGAUGGCGCGUGAAUUUGCAGCCAUCAAAGGUGUACCUGCAGUGGUGGGGGCUGUGGACGGGACUCAUAUCCACAUGAAAAGGGAUGGAAGGGCACAGAGCGGAGUACUGGACAAGGAAGUCGGCCUAUGCCUUACAACUCCAGCUCACAUGUGA